AUGUCACCCAAUCCUACUGGCACCUCGUCACAAAGACAGGGGAAGAAGCAAAACAUUAUUCAUACUUCUACCACUGAUUUUGCACAUGCCAUUGAUCGUACCAUAAACGAUGACGCAUUCCCAGUGGCAUACACCACAGAGGAACAACAUUAUUUCCAAACAAACCCAAGACCUUCCUAUUUGGAUGAUCUACUUGUGCAAGCUAAGGAAUUCAUUGAAUUGCAGCAUUCUUUGGGACGUGAAAAGAUUGUUUUAAUCACAUCAGGUGGGACAACCGUACCUUUGGAAAACAAUACAGUUAGAUUCAUUGAUAAUUUUUCUGCUGGAACAAGAGGUGCAUCUAGUGCUGAACAGUUUUUACAAAAUGGGUAUAGUGUCAUAUUCCUACAUAGGGAAUUCUCAUUGACUCCCUUCAACAGAUUGUUCUCACAUGGUGUAGGUUCUUUAUUUUUGGAUUUCUUUGACACAAAUGGGGUCGUUAAGGAUGAAUAUAAGGAAGUAGUGCUCGCUAAUAAAGUACUAUAUGAUAAGUUUUUAAUUCACGAAAGGAAAUUGUUGAUGUUGCCCUUCACCACCGUGAAUCAAUAUUUAUGGUCCUUAAGAGGAGUCGCACAAUUAAUGAAUACAAGAGGAAGCUUAUUUUAUUUGGCAGCUGCUGUAAGUGAUUUCUUUAUUCCAGUGUCCAGAUUACCGGAACAUAAGAUUCAAUCAAGAGAUUACAAAUUGGAUUCUCAACCAAAGGAACAUAAGAUUGGAAGAGAAUUGACCAUGACUACGUCGGAGGGACAAUUAGUCAUCAACUUGGAUCCUGUUCCUAAAUUUUUAAGAAGAUUAGUGGAAUCUUGGGCCUCCCAGGCUAUGUUGGUUUCAUUCAAAUUAGAAACUGAUGAAUCCAUUUUGAUUUCUAAGGCAACUUUAGCAUUGGAUCGUUACAAUCAUCAGUUGGUUAUUGGUAACCUUUUACAAACAAGACACAAAGAAGUUGUGUUUGUUUCUCCGGAGAAUAGGAAAGGUGAUUGGAUUCACCUUGCUGAUGACGACCACAGAGAAUUGGAGGAAUUAAUGAUACCAGAAGUCAUCAGACGCCACAAACAAUGGAUAGAACUCCAGAAGAGUUAG